AUGAAAUAAGAAUAAUACUUACAGAUAUUAAGGGAUUCAUAAGAAAUUUAAUUACGUGAUAAAUUUUCCUUGCUAUCAUCAAAGGCUCAUGAAUAUGUUCUUGAAUAAAUUAAACAAUUAGAAUCAUAAUACAAAUAAUAAAUUCUCUCAAUCUUUGAACAGUAUUCUGAAUGUAUGUUAAUGUGCAAAUAACUCUAAUUCAAGAACGAACAAUAUUCAAAACUCCUAUUAGAAUAAGAAUUUAAAUCUAUAUAGACUAAAAAUUAUGUGAGCCUCGAAAUUGUUAACUAGCUUUUAACACAAAAGAUUAAUUCGUUAUUAUUGCAACUCAAAAAUAAUAAUAUCAUUUCCGAAUCUGACUAUUUUUCUUAAAAGAAUUAACUUUAAAUGAAUAUUGCUGAAAUUUAUAUAAAUUGUAAUAACAAAGAAUAAAUUGUUAAGGAUUAGGAAAAUGAUGAAAAUGCAAAGUAAUUAUACAUUAUGCUUACUUCUAAACAAGAAAGUCAAACUUUAAUCAAGAAUUUUAAUAAUUAUGAUACAAUUAAGAAUCAUAGUGUAGAAACUUAAACAAAAUCAAUUAAAAAAAAAGAAAAAUUAAGGAAUUAGUCAAAGAUUUAGAAUAAUAUGAAGUAGAGUCCUUCUACCAGUAUAGACAGAGAAUUACUUGAGUGUAAAAAAUCUAUUUAAGAAUUAUAAAAAACUAAGAAUGACUUACAAGCUAAUAAUCAAUUUUUAAAAUCUUAAAAUUAAAAUCUUUUAAAUAAAUUAAAUAAGCAAUUAAAUAAAUAAAUUAAAUGCCACCAUAAUGUUACUUAAUAUAUGAAUAAUCCACACUCAUCUGUGAUUAAAAAAUUUCUAAAAUUCGAUGAUAUAAUUUUUAAAAAUGUAAAACCUUUUUCAAUGGCUUAAAGUUUUGAUUUAAGGUAAGGAAACAUAAGUAGUCGAUAGUUUUUUUCUAGGCCUAAAACAUCUGUUCCAAAUUCAACUAGAGGUAGGUUCAAUACUAUCUAGCAACGAUCUAGAAAUGAUUUUUAUGUGUUAUGA